AUGGCUUGGUUUCUGCUCAAGCAAUUCCGUGAGUGCUGCCAUUACCGCGAAUUCUCUGUUUCCUGUGCCCGCAAUGGUUUCCAAAACCUUGGAGUAACGGAAGCACUUCGGCAAAGGACGCCUUCAACGGUGGAUCGCAUCUUCUCAUCCGAAAAGCUCACAGUAGGGUUUGUGAGAGUGGUCGAGCUCUUCAAGGGCGUCAAAGUACCAAGCGCCGAGCCUGUCAAUCAAUCUCGACCGAGGCCACCAGCGACAAAUAUCCAAGAGGAAAAUGCGAAGCCGCUCUGUAUUGACGGCCAUCGGGCCCUUCCUCUUGGACAAGCCUCGUAUAUGUUGCGCUCUAUGCCCGUACCUGGAGAGCACGUCUCUACCUGGCAGAACAUGAUCCGAGAGCGUCUGGUGGGUGAAGUUCAAAAACAUUUUCGGACCGAAAUCUGUCAGCUCGAACUCAUCAUGGUUGCAGAUGCUGCUUUCAGAGUUGGGCCUUGCAUUGUCUUAUCCGUAUGGGACGAGAGCCUGUGCCACACUGAAGACGGCAGAAGGAGGACGGUCAAGAACGCCAACAAGAUCGUCCGAAAAUUCCAGACCAUGCAGAAUUGCCCAUUUCCCAUCAAACCCGUUGCGGACAAGUUAUCGCUAGCUGCUCGCUGCUCGCUGCUUAGACCCUUACCAAUCACCUGUAGCGACUGCCGAUACGGCUCUCAAAGACCGAAACACGCUCGUCGGCCUCGAAAUCAACACGGGCGCUGGCUAUGA